ACCAUCCAACCUAGUAACACACCAUCCAGCCUAGUAACACACCAUCCAGCCUGGUAACACACCAUCCAGCCUAGUAACACGCCAUCCAGCCUAGUAACAUGCCAUCCAGCCUAGUAACACACCAUCCAGCCUAGUAACACGCCAUCCAGCCUAGUAACACACCAUCCAGCCUAGUAACACACCAUCCAGCCUAGUAACACACCAUCCAGCCUAAUAACACGCCACCCAGCCUAGUAACACCCCAUCCAGCAUAGUGAAACACAAUCCAGCAUGGUAACGCACCAUCCAGACUAGUAACACUAUAUCCAGCCAAUAGUAACAAACAAUCCAGGCUAGUAACACUAUAUCCAGCCAAUAGUAACAACAAUCCAGACUAGUAACACACCCUCCAAUCUACCGCUCCGUCUGAUGCGUACGCUUUCGGUGACCAUGGUCAGGUCAAUAAGCAAUUAUCAGUUUCGCGUUUUCGUCUUAACAAAAAGUAAAAACUGUUUGGAAACAAGGUCCGAACACUAAACACUAUACACUUGUUCUGUUGUCAUAAAAAGAAGACAUGAUAAUAAUGGCGAUCCGAUUGCUUCCUAUCGUUGUGGGUCUACUGGCCAUCAUUGGACGUGUCGAUUGCGCAUGGGGGAUUCCCGAGACACGAGAUUUCGUCCCAUUGUCCACAGCUUCCACCAAGUUCUCCCAGAAACUGUACAAGGACCUGGCCAUCAACCGGCCAAACGCUGUCUUCUCACCUUUCAGUGCUCACGUGGCCCUGUCUAUGGCCUACCUUGGAGCAAGGGGUAACACGGCUAACGAAUUGAGGACCGCUUUACAGGUACAUUUCAUAUAUUUUAUAGAUGCUAUUAUAUAGUUAGAUUCUAGAACAGUGGUUCUCAACCCUCCAAAUGCCACGACCCUUUGAUACAGUUUCUCAUGUUGUUAUUACCCUCAACCAUAAAAAUUAUUUUCGUUGUUAUUUCAUAAAUAUGUGUUUUCCGAUGGUCUUAGGCGACCCCUGUGUAAGGGUCGUUCGACCGUCGCGACCAAAAGGCUGAGAAGCACUGUUCUACGAACAUAAGCAUGAAGUUUAUAUAUGCUUUGUUUAACACCACACAGGGCAGUACACUUAGUGACGCAGUAAGGGUGGACGGACGUGGUGGUCUGCUCCGGGCCGCACUCCGUUUCUUAAUAUAGUUUGGCUGCAUUUUCGGCCACCUUAAGAGUUUUUCAUAGAAGUGGGCCGCGAAAAUCUUGGUCCAGCCGAGGCGGCACUAACACUCCAAACAUAAGGAACACAGUAUAAUAAACACAAUAUAAUUAACGCAGUACAGUGUACAAGUGAAAUGUAACCAAAAAAAUAAUCAAAUAAGUACGCUGUUCUUCUCCAAGAUGCGAAGGUUUGAUGUUUUCGUGUAAUUAUAUUUCCAGUGUCUAGGUUAUAUUUGAGUUACCAAAAAGCCACAAAUAAAUGAAUGUUUAUAAAGGCCACAAGAUUCACUGGCUUCCCGUGAUGAACAUGUUCACCUCAUCUUUUCACUGCAUGUAUCUAUUCAAUGUCUAAAAUUACCCAUCUCACCAUUUCGCCCACUUCUCCUUGAUCGGUUCUACAAAAUAUUGUUUUUGUUCUUUCCUUUUCAUACAUACCGUCUUUUCAACCGUAUUUCUGGACACGAAGCUGACCCCUGAGAUUGAAGUGCACGACAAUUACCAGGAGCUCAUUGACCUCCUGAACAAGGUCAAUGACGUCACACUGGACAUCGCCAACAGUGUCUGGAUCCACCCAGACAUCACGCUGCUUGAGGACUACAAGGUCACUAACAGAUUGAACAAAUCAUGAUGUUCUGCUAAAAAAAAUAGUUGUCAUAGAUGUCGAUUGUCUUGCUUGGUAUUUUGUUUUUUCUGUUCAUAUUUAUUCAAUGUAAUUCACUGCACUCAAUUCCUGAAUGUUCUAAAAAGUAUACUUAAGGGAAUACUUUGUUUUGUUUUUUUUUAUUAAAAAGGUAAUAUUUCACUUUCUAAACAAACAUUUCACGGAACAUGUUUUUUUUUUUUUCAUGAAUACAAAUAAUAGUGUAGCCUAUUACAUUGUCAGUGUCAGAGAAAUGAUUUAUUUAAACAUAAGAUUAGAAGGAAAUAUAAUGUAAUAAUCUGCUACUGCCACAGUUAGUAGAUACUGGUUGACGAAAUUUUCUGAUAUAAAUAAUGGCGACUGUUUCAUGCUUUUUAAAUCUAACAUUUGCUUCACAGAAGUAGAUCUUUGAAACAUGUCCCAUUUAACUUUCAAACAUUCAGAUGUAUACUUAAGACACAUUUGAAAAAUCUGUUAAUCAUAUUUUUAAAUCUAUAACACGCAUACCCCCCACACCCCCAUCUCUUUUUUUCAUCCCUCCCACCAGACUGAACUUGUCACUAAAUACUACGCCAACGUUGAUGCUCUCGACUUCUCCAACCCAAACGGACCAGAGCAACCGAUCAACACCUGGGUGGCCAAACAAACACGUGAUAAGAUCAGAGCAAUCGUGCCCCACGGUGUCUUGUCCCCAUCCACGAGUCUCAUCAUUGUCAACACGGUUUACUUCAGUGCCGACUGGAACUCGGGGUUCAAUGAGACGCUCACCAAGAACAAGACGUUCACUAAGCAAGACGGGCUCAAAGUUCAAGUGGAGAUGAUGACACAGACUGGACGGUUUGAAAUCAAGGAGUCGGUCGUCGCGGGCGCGGGUGUUCUCAGGCUACCGUACAGCGAUGAACGGUUCGCGAUGUACGUCCUUCUGCCGAGAACAUUCUCUGGAUUGCCAGAUCUAGAGAAAACGAUCGCCGACGACGAUUUCGACAACGACAUGCUCUUCAAUGACUUUAUGGAGGCCACCGUCGCUGUCAGUCUUCCCAAGUUCCAGUUUACAGCUUCGAUGGAUCUCAAGAACACACUGAAAAAACUGGGGCUGUCUUCGGCUUUCUCCGAAUCGGCCAAUUUCUCCGGGAUCUCGGCAACGAAAACGCACAUUUCCGGGGUCAUGCAGAAGGCCAUGGUAGAGAUCAAGGAGUCUGGAACAGUUGCCGCAGCCGUUACAGAAGUGGAUGUAAGUAAUCGGAGUACUUUCCCGGCGGUUAAAAAAACGCCUUUUACAUUCAACGCCGAUCAUCCCUUUGUGUAUUUCAUAAGACAGGAUUCUUCGGGACAAAUACUUUUUCAUGGGAAGCUGUCAGAUCCUCAGAUGGAGAAGAUGGAAGCCAGCUAAGAUAUUGUAGUCACUGGCCAUACCCUGAAAUACAUAUGUCAUUCUCUCCCACCCCUUCUCUCUCUCUCUCUCUCUCUCUCUCUCUCUCUCUGACCCUCUCUCUCUCUCUCUCUCUCUCAUCCUCUCCCUCUCUUUCCUCCUUCCCCCCUCUCUCUCAGUAUAUUGACUAUCAACUCCAUCUGUUGAGCUGAGCCACACAACAUUUUCCUCACAAAGGUCCUCCAACCUAUGUCAUUCUCUCCCACCCCUUCUCUCUCUCUCUCUCUCUCUCUCUCUCUCUCUCUCUGACCCUCUCUCUCUCUCUCUCUCUCUCAUCCUAUCCAUCUCUUUCCUCCUUCCCCCCUCUUUCUCCCUCAGUCUUUCUCUCUCAACCUGCCUGUCCUCCCUCCCUCUUCCAUUCUCUCUCUCUCUCUCUUUCUCUCUCUCUCUUCGUGUUCUGGUUCAAAGACCAUAAUAAACGCAUCUGAUGUAUAAUUGCGAAUGAUUUUCUUGUGUUAUGUUGACAUUUCAGUGAUGAACAUGGCUACCGCUACUCCAAUGUUAAAAAAAUUCACUUUGUGUCAAAUAAUACGAAUGGAUGCAACUACCAACACCGCGGGCCUGGACUUAGGGCCCUUACUGCGUCCGUCAAGACGAGUG